AAAUUCUUGAGGCGUUUGAUCAAAAAAAAAAAAAAAAAUCUUGAGGCUUUAUAAAUUUGUGUUUGGUGCAAACCCAUGAUGGACUGGAGAUUGCUCAAAGCUGCAGCUAAAGGAGAUACUAGUUUCCUUGAUCUUUCCAAGUUGCACCAUUCAGAUUUCAAUAAGGUAACGCCACAUAACAACAACCUUCUUCACAUUGCAGCUAAGCAUCAAAGGCGUGAUUUCUCUGCCGCCAUACUUGACCUGUGCCCAUCCCUCCUCCUUAGAGAAAACAACAACGGAGACACACCUCUACACGUUGCUGCUAGUGUAGGAUCCUUUCAAAUCUUACAACUUCUUGUCAAUGAAGUUGCUUCAGAUAUCGAGAACCUGGGAGUAACCACCAAGCAGCUAUUGAGAAUUACUAAUAAGCAGAAGGAUACAGCGUUACAUGUUGCAUUAAAGAAUGGACAUGGCGAUGUAGCUAAGCUCCUAGUUGAACUAGACACAGGAUUGCUAGAUAUGGUCAAUAGCAACAACGAAUCUCCUUUGUACUUAGCUAUUGAGAGAGGGCUUUUCGACGUUGCUGGUCAUAUUGUGGAAAGAUUUCCUUUGGUUUCUGGUAAAGGGCCUAAAGGUAUGAAUGCUCUGCAUGCUGCUGUGGGUUCUGACAUUGUCACUAAAGAUUUCUUGAAAAAACUGAUGGAGACAAGGUCGGAAAUGACCAAAGAAGUCGAUGUUAUCGGAUGGACACCUCUUCAUUAUUCAGUAUGGCUAGAAAAAAUCGAGAUAACUCAACUUUUGCUUCAGCAAGAUAGCUCAGCUGCUUAUAUAUCAGACAAGGAAGGACAAUGUCCGCUUCAUCUUGCGGCAUCUACUGGUCAAACUGAUGCAUAUAGAGAGCUUGUUGGUAGCUGUCCUUAUGUUUGGGAAAUAGUUGAUGGUAAAGGAAGAACAUCUCUUCACUGUGCUGUCAUAUCAGGACAACGAGGAAUCAUUCAAUGUAUUCUAGAUAUGCCUGAGAUCUCUCUUCAUUUGUUGAAUGAAAGCGACGUAGAUGGAAACACGCCUCUCCAUCUCUCGGUUGUUUACAAAUGUCACACGAUUCUGGUGCUGUUCUUGCGUAACAAGCGAGUGGAUAAGCUUGCUAUGAACCGUAAUCAUUUAACAGCUGCUGAGCUCUUUUAUUCUCAGAAGCAAGAGAUAAGUUUUAAAGUGGCGGUGGCAUACUAUGCACUGCAAAGAUACUACAAACAACCGUCUCAGCAACAGAACAUAGACACAAAGAAGCAAGAAAAAGCAGAUGUUGAAGAAAGCAACGCAAGACAUGACUGUGCAAUGUACGAGGUUCAUCUUUUUGUCGCGGUUCUUGUCGCAACCGUAGCAUUUGCCGCGGCAUUCCAACUACCCGGCGGUUAUAAACCAGACGGUACACCUGUAUUGAGUGAAGAAGUAGCUUUCACAUGUUUCUUGGUGUUUGACACAAUCGCCUUUAUCUUCUCGGUAGCCACAGUCUACCUCUUGUUCUAUGCUUCGAGAGACAUGUUUCGCGCACGCUCAGCUUUGCUCUACAUGUCCACUUUGCUAAUGGUUGUGUCGCUGAUCGCAAUGGCCUCUGCUUUUGUGUCAGGGAUGUAUCUCAUUUCUUCCAAGUGUAGAGAAUUAGCCAUCGUGCCUUUCUUGAUGGUUGGUCUCUUUGUGUUGCACUGUUUCUUCUACUGGUUUAUUGAUCCACGAGGCAGCUAUGUCCGUGGUCUUGAACGACCUCGCCGGUUUUUUAGGAAACUAGUCUUUAGAAACUCAAUGGUUCAUAUUUUUGUUUGUGACUGAUGUGUAACCAACCAUUGUUAGAAAUUGAUUAGAAUAUUUUACUUGUAAUUUGAGAUGAUUUUUAUUAAAAUAAUAAAUAUACUGUUAUUUAAA